AUGGCGCCGCCGCGGAUGAACCUGGUCGACGACGACGUCCUCGCGGAGAUCCUCCUCCGCCUCCCGCCGGACGAGCCCGAGCACCUCUUCCGCGCCGCCCUCGUCUGCAAGCCCUGGCUCCGCGUCAUCUGCCUCCCCGCCUUCCGCACCCAGUACCGCGCCUUCCACGGAGCCCCUCCGCUGCUCGGCCUCCUCUACCGGAACCAGGUCUGCGACGGGGAUCCGACCCCGCGCUUCGCCUCCACCACCUCGAUGCCCGACUUCCCCCACCCGGCCUCCGACCGCUGCCCCGCGCGCCCCCUCGACUGCCGCCACGGCCGCGUCCUCCUCCACAUGUCCCACGAUUCGGAUGUGGAUCUCCUCGUCUGGGACCCCGUCACCGGAGACCGCCGCGUCGUGCCCGAGCCGGACAUCGACUGGAUGGUCUACACCGCCGCCGUGCUCUGCGCCACCGCCGGCUGCGACCACCUCGACUGCCACGGCGGCCCCUUCCGCGUGGUCUUCCUGGCCACCGAUGACCGCGAGGAGGUCGUCCAGGCAACCGUGUACUCGUCGGCGACAGCUGCGUGGAGUCCGCCGGUGUCUCUUGACGAUAGCUGUGAAUGCUAUGCCCGACACAAGCGAGACGCAACUGCAGAAAUGAUGUUCUUCUCCUCCUACAUACCCUAUGUCCAGCCCAGGUGA